AUGGCGGCGGCGGCGGCGGCGUCUUGUGGGGGCGCCGGCGACGGGGUUCGCACUAGUUCCAAAUGGUUGGAUGCCCACUACGAUCCAGUCGCCAAUUUGCACACCUUUUCUUCGUGUGUGACUCUGGCUGACCUGCAUGGGGACGGAGACCAGAAGCUAGUGGUGGGCAAUUUUGGCUCCACGGGUCAUGAGAUGAAGCUGAAGGUCUACCAGGGCACCACCCUCUUGAGUGAAAACACCCUGCCAGACUUACCCACGAGCGUGGUUUCCUUUCUGAUGGAGCAACACGAGCCCUGCAUGCCAGCCCUGGCGGUGGCUUCCGGGCCGUAUAUCUACGUCUACAAGAAUCUGCGUCCCUACUUCAAAUUUACUCUGCCGCCGAUGGAGCCCAACGCGAUGGAGAAAGUGGUCUGGGAUCAGGCAAAGGAGGACAAGGUCGAUCUUCUGUCAAUGAAAGAGAUGUUGGAAGCCAUCCGAGAAAACGCAGAGAUGCCACUAUCGGUGCAGUCUUUGAGGUUCCUGACCCUUGAGCCCCCUGACAUGGAGUCCUUUGUGAACCAGCAUAAGUUCCAGCCCAUCAAACGUCAGACGGUGAUCACUUGCAUGUCCACUUUGAAAAAAAGCAGGGUGGAUGAGGACGCCAUCAGCUGCUUGGUAGUCGGGACGGAGAACAUGGAAAUCCUCAUUCUGGACCCCGAAGCCUUCACCAUCCUGUCAAAGGAUGUCGUCACCAGCAUCGUUUUCGGCCACUACGGGCGAGAGGACAACACCCUCAUCAUGACGACCAAAGGUGGCUGUCUGAUCAUCAAGAUCUUGAAACGCACUAGCACUUUCCAUAAGGGGGACGCAGCAGCCGGUGUCCCCGUUGCCCAGAGCGCCAAACUCAACGUCCCCAAAAAAACAAAACUCUACGUGGACCAGACUCUGCGGGAGCGAGAAUGUGGAGUGGCCAUGCACCACGUCUUUCAGACAGACCUCAGCCGUAUCCGUCUCACGGCGGCCCGCGCUUACGUCCGGGCGCUGGAGUGCAGCAUGGCCCCCGUCUCGGAGUCCCUGCAGGAGCCACUCAAGCUGAACGCCGUGGUGCAGGGCAUGGGCCCCACUUUCAAACUGUGUCUCAAUCUCCAGAACAUGUCUGAGACUCGGGCGAUAGCAAAUCUUCUCAUUUGCUUCAUUUACGACGAAAACCAUUAUUCCGUCGAGCGCCCGUUCUUCAAGGCUCCCAUGUUGAUCCCAGGACUCAAUUAUCCUUUGGCCACCUUUGUCGAGUGUCUCAGUGACCAAGCGAUCUCGGAUGUUAUUAAGGUGUUUGUGCUCCAGGGAGGCAGCAGCCAGCCGCUGCUCACGGCCCACAUUAGCAUGCCGGUGAGCGAAGGCUUGACAGCUGUGUGAACCGCCUCCCAGGGGAGGACCCGAGCUCAUCCAUCUCAGCGCAGUCUUUCUUGACCGCCUCGACCCAGCGGCCAGGAACAGGGGGAGAGGAGUCCCAGUGCUGGAAGAAGUAGCCUCUUCCCCAAGGCUGGAAGAAGAUUCCCGUUUGCUGCUUUAAGGAGCAAGUC